GGAUCAGCUUGUUUAGCCGACUUUGGAUUAUCGAAGGCUCAUGAAGAAGUGACGUCUCUCAGUCUCAGAGAUGCUGGUUCUCAGAGAUACAUGGCUCCCGAACUUUUUGAAGGCCCGGAGACGACAAUAUACCCUUAAAAUCUCUAGCUAGCGACAUUUAUGCGUUUGGCCAAGUGAUGCUAGAGCUACUCUCCGGCCAAAGACCAUUUUACGAGCUCCGUCAUGAAAGUAUGAUAUACCUUGCGAUAGCCAGGGGUGACAGACCUACAAGGGUAUGCCCUCCCCUUCGUCAUUUCGCAUCAUUCGUGAUGAGGCCUGUGUCUUUUAAGAACUUACCAAUGUGCGGAAAGAGUGCCGACCAUCGGCCCUGGAGGCUCUCCAAGCAAUCCAGGCACUACAGGUCGUGCAUGCUCCGGAUGUGUUUGACACUCAUACCAUGGAUCUCGAGCAGACAAGCACCAGGCAAACAUGAAAUUCUAUCAAAUACUUCAAGCUCAACAACACGAGGUUAUCAUGUUCUCCUGCCCAAAUAGGUUUUAGUUGAUUUAGUUGAAAGUAUGCCUAAUAUAAAUUCUCCCCAGUUUAUUCCAACAAGAGAGAGCUAGCAGGGCUCCAGCCUCUGUGGCUUCGUAACAAUAUAUAGGCAAACGGCUCAUUGGAAUG